AAGUUGAAUAAAUGCAUGACUAAAGUUCUUCCUGUUUUUUUUAUUUUUCCUUUGCAGGCAGAGGGUGAGGUAGCAGCUCUUAACCGUAGGAUCCAGCUGGUGGAGGAGGAGCUGGACCGUGCCCAGGAGAGACUGGCCACAGCGCUGCAGAAACUGGAGGAGGCAGAGAAGGCUGCAGAUGAGAGCGAGAGAGGAAUGAAGGUGAUUGAGAACCGAGCGAUGAAGGAUGAGGAGAAGAUGGAGAUUCAGGAGAUGCAGCUGAAGGAGGCCAAACACAUCGCAGAGGAGGCCGACCGCAAAUACGAGGAGGUGGCUCGUAAACUGGUGAUCUUGGAGGGCGAGCUGGAGAGAGCUGAGGAGAGGGCCGAGCUCUCAGAAUGUAAAGCCAGUGACCUAGAGGAGGAGCUGAAAAAUGUGACCAACAACCUGAAGUCCUUAGAAGCCCAGUCUGAGAAGGUACAAGACGGACAGAAAUGCAUUGACACGUUAAGAAGUAAUAAUUCUGCUUUGGCUUUCUGGAGAUUGGUGAUGUUUUUCCAAACAAGAAUCUUCCAAAUAUAGAA